GCAGUGAAAGACUAACUAAAAUGCACCUUGGAAUUAAAAAUAAAUAAACUGUGAAAACGUUACAUGUGAAGUACCAUAAUAACAAGUGAUUGUAUACCAGAGAUCUGGGUGAGGUACGUUUCUAAACUAAAGUUUUGGAUUAAUGAAAACUUUUAAAAGACAGACAAGAACAUGUUUCUAGUCUUCCCCAAAUAUCAAUAGAUCAAUUAUUCAGACUCAUUUAUCUGUUGCAUAAAAAAAAUUGCCAAAACUACACUGUUUCUCUUGGGUCUUAUAUAGCCCAGGGUCCAUUUAUCCACAGAGGAAAGGUCUCCAUGACGACAAUGGUUAUCAGUAUCCUCCAUGUGUUUCCUGUGGAGGUGUGGCAUUGUGUAGCAGUGGUCAUGCAGAUAUUGUUCUCUCAGUAUAGCGGCCACAGAUCUAAAGAUCUUAAACUCUGUAGCCUGGUGUUUUUCUCGAGCUGCUGGAGGUCUGUACACAAUGUUGGGAUGGCAGUGAGGAGUCUCUUGUCCAUGGCCUUUGCAGAAUCGAUUGGAAGAGCAUGGUGGCAUGGUUGGUUCCUGUACAUAGGACUGCCUUUGGUGGUCCCAAAUCCUUCACCUCUACCAUCACAAGGAUCCAACAGUUUUACAAGAAGCUUCCUGGGUCUGGAUAAAUGCAAUGCCUGUGUGGGCACUUCUAUAUGCAAGAAGCUUUAUAAAGAGCAAAUAAGGUUUGAAAGGUGGCUGGAUCCUCAACUGCACUUUUCCUCAGAUAACAGGACAUCUUAUGAGGCAAUUUAUACAGAUGAUUCGGAAACCUGGCGGCCCGUAGUGCUGUCACGCAUGGUUUCCCCCGACCUGCACCAGCUGGCUGACGAAAGCAUUUGCAUCUCAGCAGGCAAAAGGAAAUCCUGUAGCAUCGAGGCAGUUCUGAGAGCAACCCCACGUUUCCAGAACUUGGCCAACUCUAAUAUCCUGUUACACAGUAUGGUGCAGGGUCUGGUCAGUCCAAUGCUGCGCUGCCCAUCUCAGAGGCUGCUGAAUCGAAUCGUGCGCCGCUAUUUUGAGGUGGCUGAUGUGGGCAGUGUGCAAAUGAAGCACUUCACCACAAAGGACAAGCUCAGACUACUCUACACAAUGGCUGUCAAUCAACAGCCUCUUAUACUGCAGAUGUUUCCAGGCAAUGAGGGUUGGCCCUUCCCGCGCUAUCACGGUUCCUGUGGCAGGCUGAUGGUGUGGGCAGGCUGCAGACCCCUGAGAAGCCUGUACCAAUCAGCGCUGGCACACAGAUCUGAUGCUGCCUACCAGAUCCUCCACAUCACCCAGAGCUUGACCUCCAAUAGCCUCCACUUCCGCCUUUACUACACCAGCGUUUCAGAGGACAUAUUUGGCAUAGCGGAGGAUGGAAGGCUUUUCAUCAUGGAUGCCAGCACAAUCGGGAUCAUUGAUCUGCAGGAGGGAUUCCACACUGAAGCAGACCAACACGACAACCACACAGAUGUGUUCUCAUGUCUGAGCGGUUCCUGCAUAAGAACUCCUCCCUGUAAAAGCAUUCGUCCCACUCAAAGCUUUGCCUUGCUCUGUAGGCACGUUCUUCCCAAACUGCUCACUUCUACAGAUGCUAAAGAGUCUGGACUGCCCAGUAUAGCAAUCACAGAAAUUACUAUAUGUGCAGACCAAGCUCAGUCAGACCAGAGGAUACACAAAGCUGUUCAAAUCCUUAAAGAGACAUUACAGCACUUCAGGCCAUGCAAUAUUGAUUAUGGAUACAGGUAUCCUGAAUGCAGGUAUAGUGCCAAGUUCUAGAGCAUCAGAAAUCCCAAUUUUGUCAGGACUAUGCACUGCGUAGGUUUCAUGCAUCACAGAUUAUACACACAGUCACAUUUCAAUUAAAACUGUUUAAUAACUCAAACACCUGUCAAAGAAUUUGACAGUGUUUUCCGUACAUUUCUUUACGAAACAGUUUAAUCCAUGUAUAGAAAACAUAAGAGAAAUGGUAAAACAACGCUGCUCCAUAAAAUUUAAUGGUGUGUACUCUCAAAAAAUAACAGCAUUCCAUCAACAAAUAUUUUCAA